GCGGCGCUAGCGCGAGCCUGGCCCCGAGCAACACUCGAGCCUGGCUCCUCUCCGCGGCGGCGCACCGUCGUCCUGCCGUCCGCGGGGCGGAGACGCGGCGGCCGCGGCGGUGGCGGCUCUGUGUCGCCGGAGCCGAAGCGCGCAGGCCCGUCCCGGCGGCCGGGGAGCGGGCGGGGGCGCCAUGUGGUUCAUGUACGUGCUGAGCUGGCUGUCGCUCUUCAUCCAGGUGGCCUUCAUCACGCUGGCCGUCGCGGCUGGACUCUAUUACCUGGCAGAACUGAUAGAAGAAUACACAGUGGCCACCAGCAGAAUCAUAAAAUACAUGAUCUGGUUCUCCACCGCUGUACUCAUCGGCCUCUACAUCUUUGAGCACUUCCCCACCAGCAUGAUUGGCGUGGGCCUCUUCACCAACCUCGUCUACUUUGGCCUCCUCCAGACCUUCCCCUUCAUCAUGUUGACCUCGCCUAACUUCAUCCUGUCGUGUGGAUUAGUGGUGGUGAAUCAUUACCUAGCAUUUCAGUUUUUUGCAGAAGAAUAUUAUCCCUUCUCAGAGGUCCUGGCCUAUUUCACUUUCUGCCUGUGGAUAAUUCCAUUUGCGUUUUUUGUGUCACUUUCGGCUGGGGAGAAUGUCCUGCCCUCUACCAUGCAGCCAGGAGAUGACGUCGUCUCCAAUUAUUUCACCAAAGGCAAGCGGGGCAAACGCUUAGGGAUCCUGGUUGUCUUCUCCUUCAUCAAAGAGGCCAUUCUACCCAGUCGUCAGAAGAUAUACUGACCCCCAUGUGGGCAGGAUGUGGGGGCAAGAUCAGGAGGGUCAGGCCCCUGGGCCUCUAUGCCAGGUGGGGGCCGGAAGCCGGAAAGGCUCCCAACACCAGCCCCGGCAUUCCUCCCCUCAACUCUGAAGCCCCAUCCCUUUCCUCCUUGGUGGGGGCUCAGCUUGGCUCAGAUCUGAUGCUGCAGGAGGCUGCAACCUCAGAGGGCACCAGGGAGGGUGGCAGAGCCUGCUUAGCCAGGAGGCCGAGGUCCCGCAGCCCUCCCUUGUCCCUUCCAAGGUGGGUCAGGAGGUUCUGGUCCAGCUGGGGCAGGCAGGGCCGGGUCUGUGAAGCUGAAGAGCAGAUGGUAACAAGUUCUCUGGGCAGGUGGCCAUGGGGAGGGGCCAUGGCUUGGCAUGUCCAACAGAAAUAGUUUUUGCUGUUGAACUGUGAUUUCUGUCCAAAUGCGGAUUUCCAUUUGAAUAAAGCUUCUAGGUGGCACUGUUUGCCUUAAUACCCUGACAGUUCAUCUUCCUUUCUUCCUGCUAACCUUCCGCCCUGGAUUGGACUCACUUUUCUGCUCCAGGGACUCCUUUUCUGGGUUUGGGUCUUGCCCUUCCUAAGGGACUGUUCUUGUAGCUCUUAGUGGAAAGGGGGCAGGGUUGAGGAGCUGAGCCUGGUCAGGGAGUGGGAAGUGGGCCUAGAGGCAACCUCUCUGAUGCACUCUCUUCCAUCUCUUUCCCCAAGGCUCUGUGACUGUCAAACUGGGAGUAGGAGAGGGGACAAUUCAGGACUGGGCUAGAUUUUCAGAAGAACAUCUACAAUAUCCUAUUUAUAAAUCUUCCUCUGGGAGAAGGAGUGGUUUCUGGCUGAAUGCUAUCUUAGGCUCAAGGAGAAACAAAAUAAAAAUCAGCUUCCAGGCAGCCUGAUUUUAAAGUAAUGGGACUAAUGGGAGAAGCUGUUUGUCCCUGUAAGAGCAUCCGAGGUCUGGCCCUCUUCUGUGCACUCUUGGCUCCUGGGGAGAUAUCUCUGCCUUCUAAGAAGGCAGGCCAGGUCUUCGGCACAGACCAGCAUUUGUUGACCUUGCACUCCAACUACAGUGCCUUGCAAGUGCUCAACCAUAAAUAUUGGAAUGAAGUCCCCAGGAGAGCCAUUUCUGGCCAUGUUCUAUACCUCAAAGUGAGGCUAGCAGGUGCAGAGAUGCACUGUACACAUGUGAUAUCUUUAAGCCACUGGAAAAACCCCUGUGCUUGAAAAUAUUUCCUCUAUAUCAUGCCUGAAGUCAUAGCCCUUCAUUUCCUUGACUUUAGCAUUUAUCUUCUCUUAAUACCAGCUUUCCCUUUCACCAAGAGGAAGAGCACAUUUUGGUCUUCUCUCACAGUAACUGUGACGGCUAGGCCCUUUUUUCCUAUGCAGACCAGGAUACACAAGGCAGAGGACACUGGAGGCCAGCCUCAUCCUCCCUUUGGGCUGACAGCUGGCCCUUCUCUCCUCCCUCUGCUGCUUGGUUCCUCACCUUGAUGAUGUGGCUUUGCCCCCUCCACUCUACUGCCAUUGCUCUCCCAGGGGUUGCUAAAUCCAGCGGACCCCUUUCAUAUCUUACUGGAUCUGGGCAGCAUCUGACAUGGCUGAUUACCCCUUGCUUCUUGGAUUGCACUUCCCUGGUACCUCUGUAGCUAGUUGUCCUCUUACCUCUCUGGCUGUUUCUUUCAGACUCCUGUGCAAGCUUCUCCACUUGCCUGUGCACAGUAGGGUCUUUCAGAGUUCCAUCGUGGGCUCCCUAGGGAAGCCCAUCCAUCUGGAUGAUUUCAGGGACUGCAGAGGCAUUGAGUUGACCUCUAGCCCCGACAUCCUUCCUGAUCACCUGAACCACAGUUUUGCUGCCUUCUGGGUGCAUAGAUGAUUCAAGUCCAUGGCCCAGAUGGUACCUGCUGUCCUCUGCAAACCUGCCCCUUCUGGGUACUUGCCUUGGCCCUGAGAUCACUCAGGAGCCAGACAGGAAACCUGUCUUCUAUUCCUGUUUUCUCUUUCUGCCCACCAUGUCCAGUUUCUCAAAGUGGUCAAGUCUACCUUAACAUCUGUUGAUUUGAGCCACUCUUACUGUCAUCAGCUUUCACCUGGAUUACUGUGACAGCCUCCUGCUGCUUCUCUAUCCCCUGGCCAGACCUGUCUCCCUAAAAUGCAUUGCAUAGCUGAUCAAGUCACUCUCUGGCCUGAAACCCUCCAUGGCUUCCCACUGCCCUCAGGAUAAAGUCCGGACCCCUCAGCAUGGAUUGUGAGACUCAUGGUGUCCUGGUCCCUGCUCACCUCUCUGGUCUCAUCACUUGCCUUCUUGCAUUCUGGGUCCCAGCCUCCUGUAUCCAGAGAUACCGUGGCUCUCUCUUGCCACUGAUUCUGCCUUUCUUUUGGUCACAGAGAAAGGAUACUUCUCUCUGUCAAGUCUCAACUUGUCAAGUCUCAAACUUCCUCCAAGGAGGUUUAGCUAUGCCCUCUCCUCCCCAACUCCCAGCCUGGCAUACCACACAGAUCACUCUGCACUCACAUGCCUGCUUCAUGCUCAUCUCCCCACUAGACUGUAAGCUCCUUGAGGGCAAGGACUGUCCUGGAAUUUUUGUAUUAACAGUGCCUGGCUUGAUGCCUGGCACCUAGAAAUCACUCAAUAAAUGUUUGUUUAAUGAA